AUGGCGCCUAUCAAAGCGCUUAUACUUGGACGCUUCUCCUCGCGGAAAAGCAGACUACCAAUCCCUAAAAUGGAAAAUAAGGAACCUGGAUUCUGGAAGCCACAAGAGCUUGUCAAAUUGAAAGUCCACAAUACGUCCGAAGUGUUUGUCGUACACAAGGAAUUCGCAUGCCAUCACUCGCCCGUCUUCAACGCCGCCUUCAAUAGUCCGUUUGUUGAGGGACAAACGCAGGUUUAUGGGCUCGAGCACACAACCACCCGAGCCGUCCGCCUCCUGGUCUACUGGCUGUACACGCAGACGGUGGACCUCACACUUCCGAACGACGACCAUAGCGCCCUGAAAGUCCAAGUCAGCUCACUCGCUGAACUCUGGGUCCUCGCCGACUUUCUCCUAAUCCCACGCCUCCGAAACGAUGUUCUGGCUGCCAUAGUCUCCAUCCGCCGCGAGCACCACUCGCUAUACAUGGGCUGCUGGGGCUACGUAUGCGCGCACACGGCACCGGACAGCGCUAUACGACGGCUUCUAGCGCACCAGGUGGCGUUCUAUCUCGACGCAGAUGUGUUUGAGGCGAAGCGGGGAGAGAUGGGGAAGGAGCUGUUGAGCGACAUUGGGCUGGCGCUGAUGCGGGAGAGGGAUGUGUUUGAGAGGUGGGUGGGGAGGGGGAGUGGUCGUGGGACGGAUAGAGAUGGGUUGCUGGAGAUGGGCCCGGUGAGGAGGCCGGAGGAGAUGUUUCGGGUUCGUGUGCAGGAUUUUAUGGGUGUGGAGGAUGAAUGA